CAUCAGCAAUGUCCUCUUUAUCUCUUUCGCUUUCUUACCAAACUCUCAUUGACGUUUUAAAUAGAUUUUAAACAUUUUUAUAACAUUUCGGGAUUUGUUUCAAGCUGUUGAAGAAAAUGUAUGAUGUGAUUUUGUUCUGCUUGUGGAGUCUGUCUGGUGUGUUUUGUGAGUCUGUGUCAGUGACUGAAGGAGAUUCUGUGACUCUGUCUGUGGAUCUGACUGAAAUAAAAGAUAGAAUCUUAUGGAAGUUUGGAGCUCAUGAUGUUGUCAUAGCUGAGAUGAAUGCCGAGCACAAUAACAUCAGAUUAUAUGAAGACAGACCUGAUGGAAGAUUCACAAACAGACUGGAGUUAAACUUACACAAUGGAUCUCUCACCAUCAAGAACAUCUCAACUAAACACUCAGGACUUUAUCAAGUCUUCAACACCUCCUCAGGGAAACAACUCAAUAUAUUCAACAUUACUGUCUAUGCUCGUCUGACUGUUCCUGUCAUCACCAGAGACUCUUCUUCAUCUUCAGUUUCAAAUUGUUCUGUGUUGUGUUCAGUGAUGAAUGUGUCACAUGUGAGUCUCUCCUGGUACAAAGGAAAGAGUUUAUUGUCCAGCAUCAGUGUGUCUGAUCUCAGCAUCAGUGUGUCUGAUCUCAACAUCAGUGUGUCUGAUCUCAACAUCAGUGUGUCUGAACACAGAGACAUCAGCAGCAUCUCUCUAGAUCUGGAGUGUCUGAAUGAUUCUUACACAUGUGUGGUGAACAAUUCCAUCACAAACCAGACUCAACAUCUCAUUUCUGAUGUCUGUCACAAGUGUUCAGAUGUCUCUGAAGACUACGUCUGCAAGUGUACUUUUACUGAAGCUGUGAUCCGAUUGGUCCUCUCUGCUCUGGUGGGCGUGGCUGCUGUUGCUGUUGUGGUUUAUGACGUCAGAUCCAGAACAGUUCAACAGAAGAAGAGAUCAGAUCAGAAAAUAAGAUCAGACAUUGAGUUAAACACACUUGAUUCAGCCGGGUGUUAGGGUCGGCUAUCAUUUGAAUUUGAUCAAUUCUGCUUCUGCUUAUCGAUUUAAAUGUCAACGUGUUAAAAAAUGAAACAUGACAUCAAACAUUACAUAUCAAGACGUAUAGUCACAUAGCAUCUUCAGCUUUGCAAAUAAUAGCCUGUGAGCAGUGUUUUGAAAAACAGAUAACUGGGUUAAGAGACCAAAUACUGCAGCCCAGUUUAACUGUAUCACACCGGCUUGUGUUCUGAAAUGUGACGUUUAAUGUCGCUGUGAUGCAUUCUUGUUUUUCCUGUUAGUGCUUGUUUUGCAUUUUGACUUGAAAUUAAAAUUGUCCUCAUUUUUUCACCCUCUUGUCAUUUUAAACCUGUUUGAGUUUCUUUCUUCUUCAGAACACAAAAGAAGAUAUUUUGAAGAAAGUUGAUAAGCGAACAACAGCGGUACCCAUUGAUUUCUAUUGUAUGGACACAAAACCAAUGCAAGUCAAGGAGUUCUUCAAAAUUCUUCAGAAUAUCUUCUUCCAAUAAGUUGACAUCCAUUUAAUAACUUUAAUAAUGAUAAUAAUGAACAUUCUGUUAUUGAAUAAUGUUUAAUGCAGAACAAUAUUGAGGGGCAAAUAGUAUCUUCACUCUUUAUAUAUGUAUCAAUAGUGUCUAAAUGAAGGGAAAAACCUUUUUUUAUUAUGUCAUCAU